GAUUCCAAUCUUACGGCUUCCAAGGAAUCAUCUCCAGUUUCCGGAGACGAUCCCACAGACUACAGCUUGCGCCUCAAGUGGAACUCUCCUCAGAAACUGGCUUUGUACAUUUUUUAGUCUUCCACAAAGUGUGGUAUUUAAGGAGUGGAGCCUCUCUUCUUACGCCCAAAGCUUCUUCUUCGUCUUCUUCCUGGAUCCCCUCUCUUCGAAUCCUCAGAGCUCCAUCAUUUUGGUCUUUUAGUUCCAGAUUCAGCUUCUGCUAUCACGGGAUCUUGUCAUCGUGCAGUUAGGGUUUAAGAGAGGUUCACCGUUCACUUAUCUCAUUCUCAUCUACCCUGUUCCCGCGUGAUAAAGCAUUUAAUACAAAGAGUUGCAGCUCAAACUGGUGGCCAUCAUCUGACAGUCCUUUCCGAAGAAAAGGGUCUAAAAGGAGGCCUUGCCUCUUGAACUCAGAGGUGGUAGCUCUUAAAAAUGUCGUGGCCAAGGAUUGCAAGUAGUAGUCUGAAACAACCUGGAAGAUCCAUUAAUAGUUACAUAAGAAAGAAGGGUAGUGUUGGUGAGGGAACCCCCGCUGCUGGGGAUUGCUACUUAACUCACAUCAGAGAUUUUUCAACCACCAACAAUCUGACGCAGCAUGGUCUUGGGACGAUAAACCAGACAAAUCUCGGGAGCAGAGGAAUAAGGGUAGCCCCCCAAUACCAAUUUCCUUCAUCAGCAGCUGAGAGGAUUUUAGAGGAUUCAGAUUCAGAUUCAGUGUAUGAGAACGUAAGAUUAGCAGGACUCAAACCAACAGGGCCAAACGAGAAGCCAAGGAUUGUAGUUCUGGGCACUGGAUGGGCAGCUUGUCGGCUUCUUAAAGGACUUGACACAAACAUUUACGAUGCAGUCUGUAUAUCACCAAGGAAUCAUAUGGUAUUCACUCCCCUGCUUGCUUCAACUUGUGUUGGAACCCUUGAAUUCCGAUCAGUUGCAGAGCCCGUCACUCAGAUUCAGUCUGCAUUAGCAUCAUCUCCCAAUUCGUAUUUCUACCUGGCCUCUUGCAUAGGAAUUGACAUGGAAAAACACGAAGUGUUCUGCGAGGCUGUUGGCAAUGUUGGACAAUCUCAGGAGCCUUAUAGAUUUACAGUCUCAUAUGACAAGCUUGUCAUUGCUACUGGGUCUGAACCCCUGACGUUUAACAUCAAUGGAGUGAAGGAAAACGCCUACUUCCUUCGUGAAGUCACUCAUGCGCAAGAGAUACGGAGGAAGAUUCUUCUCAACCUGAUGCUUGCUGAAAAUCCUGGCUUACCAGAAGAAGAAAGGAAGCGCUUGUUACAUUGUGUUGUUAUUGGAGGUGGCCCUACUGGGGUGGAGUUUAGUGGUGAAUUGAGUGAUUUUAUCAUGAGAGAUGUCCGUGAGCGAUUCUCUCAUGUUAAGGAUGAUGUUAAGGUCACUGUCAUAGAGGCAAAUGAGAUCUUAUCAUCAUUUGAUAUAGGACUACGGGAAUACGCUACAAGACACCUAACCAAGAAUGGUGUUCAACUGAUGAGAGGUAUUGUGAAAGAGGUUCACAACAAAAAGAUUGUUCUCAACGAUGGGACUGAGGUCCCUUAUGGACUCCUGGUCUGGUCCACCGGCGUAGGCCCUUCACAGUUGGUAAAAUCAUUCGAUGUUCCGAAGUCUCCUGGUGGAAGAAUUGGUGUAGAUGAAUGGUUGCGAGUUCCUUCUGUUGAAGAUGUGUAUGCACUAGGGGAUUGUGCUGGAUUUCUUGAACAGACAGGGAGGCCAGUACUUCCGGCUCUGGCUCAGGUAGCUGAGAGACAAGGAAAAUUUCUGGUAGAGUUGAUUAACAAGAUUGGCAAGGAGAAUGGUGGCAAGGCUUACAGUGCAAGAGGUAUUCCCAUGGGUGACCCUUUUGUCUACAAGCACAUUGGUAGUAUGGCAUCUGUUGGUCGCUUCAAAGCAUUGGUUGAUCUACGUGAAUCUAAGGAUGCGAAGGGCGUUUCACUUGCAGGAUUUACUAGUUGGUUGAUAUGGCGUUCAGCUUAUCUUACAAGGGUGGUCAGUUGGAGGAACAGAUUCUAUGUGGCUGUGAACUGGGCUACUACUUUGGUUUUCGGUAGAGACAACUCUAGAAUUGGCUGAUGCAGUAAUGUGUUAGUUUUAGCCAAUAACCUAUAUAAACUAUAGCUUUCUAUAGAUCUUCCACUUAAGCCAGGUCUCAUGUAUACGAAUCUUACUAGUUCCUAUUAUUUCAUUAUAUCA